UGCCGGGGGUGUGGCUUCGCUCCGCCAGAGUGAGCGGCUCGUCCUCGCGGAAAGCUGCGGGCGCGUUUUCCUCUCAGACGGCGCGUGCCACCAGACGCUGGAGCCACAGGUCAGCAGACAUGAAGUCCGCGGUGGUUCUCCUGGUGGUUCUGCUGCUCCCCAAUAUUUGCUCAGUUUGUCCGGACCGAGAAGCAGGACUCCAGCCGUGGCUGCCGGGACACAGCGAGGAACAUCAUGUGACCAUCGGGUCCGGUCAGAAAGUUCUGCUCACCGCUUCAGCUACCGUUCACUCCAUCCGGAUCCUGAACGGAGGGGGGGGACACUGGAGAUCCACGGGCGGCACAAGCUUUCCUGGACCUUCCUAAACGCCACUCUUCACCCGGGAGGGGGCCACCACCGGAGCUUCCUGCUGCGGCGGAGCUGGGGGAGCCGCGGCGUCCUGGUGCACGUGAUCCACCCGGACAGCGGGGGGGUGCUGCAGGCAGAGAGGUUCGACACACACCGCAGCGAGAACGAGAGCCGUCGCCUCGCUGAGUUUGUGGGUCGCGUGGAGGCGGGGCUUAUUCUGGUCAUGCUGGUGAACGACGAAGCGUCCAAGAACUUAGAAGAAUCGGGCAGGGGGGGGCUGUCCAAGCUGGGGAGUCAACACGUCCAAAGUGUGGGAUUCAGGGACUCCUGGACCUUCAUAGUGAAGAAAGGCGACCCUUCCUCUGCAGUGGAGGACCACAGCCAGUAUGGAGGAGUGAGAGCCUUGCCCCGGGCUCAGAGCGUCGCCGUGUUCCAGUCCAGAUCCGGAGAGCGGUUCCGGAUCACAGCCAGCAGCCAAUGGCUGCGAGAGGUGGAGUGGUCCGACUGGUUCAGUCGCGAUGAUGAGAGGGGAUCAGGAGACUGGGAAAAGCUCUGGGACCUCCACAGAGACCACCCCGACCGGCUGUGCAGCAGUCCACUGGACAUCCAGGCUCAAACCAUGGACGGCGUACCGUCCAACCAGACGGGAGAUGUGAUCCACAAGAAUGACAAGAACUACGGCUUUGUGUGUCUGAACCGGGACCAACCCCACGGCUUCUGUCACAACUACAGAGUCCGCUUCCUCUGUGGGAAAGAAGUUCGGCCACAGGCCUCUGUGUCCGUGGACAUGCUGUCGGGAGACUCCAUCCUGGAGCUGGCCGACGAGCCGCUAGGCUGGGAGUCCGGAGAUCGGGUGGUGGUGGCAAGUUCAGACUUCUCCAUGCACCAAGCGGAGGAGUUCAUCCUGCUGCCAUGUCCACAAUGCUCGGAGCACCAGGUCAAGGUCAAAG